UGUAUUUAGUGCUGCGCGCGAGUUCGAGCUGUGGACAGCUUUUGCCGUUGUUGUUGGAUGUGGAUCAAAAAUGAACUCACGCGAUCGACAAUUCUGGACAGAGUUUCUGGAGCUCUAUCGCUCGCUGCCGGCUGUGUGGAAGGUCAAGAGUCCGGAGUACAGCAGCCGUGCUCUGAAAUCAGCCGGCUACGAGCAGCUGGUGCAGAAGCUGCGCGAGGUGGAGCCGGGCGCGGAUCGCGCUCUCGUGGUCAAAAAGAUCAACUCAUUUCGAACAAACUUUCGUCGUGAUUUGCGCAAGCGCGAUCACUGCAGCGACGAGGAGCCGUUCGAAUCGACGCUCUGGUACUUUGAGCUUCUGAGCUUCUUGGAGGGCCAAGAGGAGCACAGCUCGUGUCAGAUCUUGCAAAAAUCUAGCAAUUUUGAUCUUGAAGCUCCGCCUGAAGUUAUGCGUAAAAAACGUCGCUCUGCCGUCAAAGAUGAAUUUCCUGCUUCACCCAUUGCAGCCGAGUUGUUUUCCACUGUCCACUGUCCCACGUCUCCACUUCGCUCCUCCACCUGCAACAGGCAGCAGCGCAAGCGUUUGUCCACGCUCUCCGAAUCCGAGGCACUCGCUCACACCUGGCUCACUCAGUUCGAGGAGCUGGCGCCUAGACAGAAGCUGCUCGCUCGCAAGCUCAUCUCGGACGUGCUCUACUACGGCUGCAUGCAGCAACUGGAGCCCUGCCACGUCGCUCAGCUGCAGCAGAUGAUGAUGAGGCGAAGAAGCGAACCGCCCCAGGCGAAUGUGGAGGACGAAUCUGUGGAUGUGGAUAGUUAGCCAAAGAGAUUGGACUGGGACUAUAGCUAUAAA